GAAGAUUAUCUACCGGAAAUUACACAAUGUUUUCGUUCUGAACAAGCACAUGUCGUCGUAAAUAUGUCAAAAGAUACAGUAGAAGGGCAGUUUGAUGAUGCUGACAUUGUAAGCUAUACAAGUUCAUCUGAUAACAAAUUAACAGAAACAGACAUAGUAAUUAAAGAUGAAGAUUGGGAUGACUAUGAUGACAAUGAUGAUGAUAGUGAUUUAUAUGACUGGUAUGGAGAAACCGGAGAUUUCACAAAGAAAUACAAUGCAGCAGUAUUAAAUAGUCAACAGCCAAAUGCAUCCAGAAAUAAGCAAGUAAAGACAAAUGCUACAAAGAACUUCCAGCCAGUAGAAAAGACAAUGAAAAAAUAUGUGGAUAAGAUAAAUGUUGAGAAAUAUGCAGGACCACAACUGUCCAACAAAGCCAUGUCAGCAUUAGUAGAAAAAGGAAGGAAAAUGGACAAUGAUAGAUACAGGGGAAAAGACAAAGCUGACCGAGCUACUGCAGAGCAGGUUAUGGACAAGAGAACACGUUUAAUUCUCUUCAAGUUUCUAAGUAAAGGUAUUAUAUCAGAGAUCAAUGGUUGUAUCAGCACAGGAAAAGAGGCCAAUGUCUACCAUGCUACAGGCGUAGAUCAGGAUAUGGCUGUUAAGGUCUAUAAAACAUCAAUAUUGGUUUUCAAAGACAGGGACAAAUAUGUAUCGGGGGAAUUCAGGUUUAGACACGGUUACUGUAAACACAAUCCAAGGAAGAUGGUACAGACUUGGGCUGAGAAAGAAAUGAGAAAUCUCAUCAGAAUACAUCAAGCUGGUAUUUUAUGUCCAGAACCAAUCCUACUAAAGAGCCAUGUUUUGGUUAUGAGAUUUAUAGGUACAGAUGGCUGGCCAGCACCUCUAUUAAAAGACAGCGACAUCUCAGAAUCUAAGGCUAGAGAGUUGUAUUUAGAGUGUAUACAUAUGGUUAGAACUUUAUAUCACCAAUGUAAACUUAUCCAUGCUGAUCUAAGUGAAUUCAAUAUGUUAUAUCAUAAUGGUAAUAUUUAUGUGAUAGAUGUUUCUCAGUCAGUAGAACAUGAUCAUGUCCAUGCUUUAGAGUUCCUCAGGAAGGAUUGUACUAAUAUUACAGAUUUUUUUAGAAAGAAGGGUGUAUGUACAUUGACAGUAAAAGAAUUAUUUGAUUUUGUAACUGACAUUACAAUUAAUGAAGAUAACAUUGACCAUUAUUUGGAAGAAGCUAUGACCUUGACCUCUACUAGAUCUCAUGAUGAAGUCACAGAUCAACAAAAAAUAGAUGAACAGGUUUUCAAGAAUUCUUAUAUUCCUCGUACACUGGAUGAGGUCAUUGAUUAUGAAAGAGACAUCAUAAAGGCAAAGAGAGGAGACUCUAAUAAUCUGUUGUAUCAAACUGUAACAGGAUUAAAGACAGAUUUGACUGGGCCACAACAGACACCAAAAUUAUUAGAAAAUACUGAUGACUGUAACAGGUUACAAGAAGACAUAGAAAGUAACAAGGAUAGUGCUUCUGAUAGUGAUACAGAGUCGUCAGAUAGUGAGAAUGAAGAUCAGGGUGAAUCUAGUAAUAAAACCAAAUCUUAUAGACCUAGAGAGGAAUCACCUGAUAGUAAAAGGGAAAGGAAAAAGAUAAUUAAAGAAGAACAAAGAGAAAAAAGGAAAAAUAAAAUUCCUAAACAUGUGAAGAAAAGAAAAGAAAAAAGUGGCAGCAAAAAUACAAAGAAAGGGAAAACUUGAUUCUUCAAAUUAUAAAUUAUUUUGUCAUAUUACUGAAGAUUGACUGAUAAAGUGCUUGUGUUGGCCAAAAAUCUCAUGGAAAUUAUGAAUAUUAUUGAUAUUAAAAUUUGAAAAGAAUUGUUUAUGAAAUAGAUGAUCAUAUAAGUUUUCAAUAAAUGCUAAAUCCUGUCACACCAAAAAUUAUAAGUGAUAGUAAUGAUAGAAUGUUUUGUGAGUGUGCAUCACUUGGCAUCUGAUGUUUGUUAUGAACUUGUUAAAACUUUCUUUUUUAAAGUAGAAAAAGGACCCCUAGGCUAAAGUAGAAAAAGAACCCCUAGGUUAACUUGAAAAUUAUAAGGGGUCAUAACUCAAAGUUAUUGCUGAUAAAACUGUCACACAGGAACAUUAACUGCAGUGUCUGUAAUCAAAUGGAAUUGGUCUGAUAAAUAUUUUUCUUUAUCUCACUUGGACCUUUGGAACAUAAAGCAUAUAUAUGGUAUCUUUUUGUCAGUUAACUGAAAUCGCUUUUCUAAUUAGAGCUUUUAUAUAAAUUCAUGUUGACCAACCAUUUGUUUGCUCAAGCAUAGUUAUUAGAUUUAUAUCUGAAGACAAUAGAUAGAUGAAGUUAUAGUAAUAUUUAUAACUGUUUCAACAUAAAAGAUGUAAAACCAGACAUAUAGAUUGAAUAAGAAAUUGCAAAUAAAAUAAGAAUUUGGGAGAAUGUAUAUCAAUCACAGUUUUCCCAUCCCCAUUUUAUUGCAACUACAAAUGUAUUUACAACUGGUAACUGUAUAAAAUAUAUAUAUAAUGCAUAGCUGAGAGGGUGAUAGAAAAGUUGUGCUAUUUGAUCUGUUAUACUUCAUGUUAUGUUAUUAUUGUCUUUUAAUAUAUUGAUUUAAGAU